CCACAGUACGUACAUCAUUCAUCACCUUCUCCUGAAUGAACAUCGACCUGCUCACUGUCACUACUUGGUUCGGGUGAGAACAAGCAGGGGAUGGCGGCAGAAUGCGAGCAUGCACCUGCAGAGAUAGGCGCUAUUGUCGGUCAGACACCAGUCGUGAAGGAGAAGCCGCUAUGUGUUCGCAUCCUAGAAAUCUUAGCACGGCUGUAUAAUGGCAUGCCGGCCAUCACUGCCAAGCAGUCACCACAACAGGAAGUGACCAGUCCGGUCCCUCCCCAGCCCGAACCACCCGAAACUCAGUAUCGGCACAACCGUAUCAACCUACCGGACGGCAGGGCAGUGGACGUCGACGACUAUUUCCGAAUCCCUGUCCUGGAACGCCUGGAGCGUGAGCCUUAUUAUGGGUUCCAGGUCGGAGAAAAGGGCACUCUGGAACACUUGUCGACAGAGGACCUUGAGUUUCUGAUUAAUCAUAUGGAAAGCGAUCUAUUCAACCUGCGGGACUCGCGCGAUCUAAAUGAGAUCGAGUUUCAGGACCUGCGACGGCGAUUGGCGGAUCUUCAGCGCGACGAGGUGUAUUUGGCGUACAGAGAGCGAAUCAUGAGCAAAGAGCAUCGGGCGGUUUUGGAGGCGCAGGCGUCCAAGGCCGAGUCCAACUGGCAGAGCUUGCAAGACAAGACGCGAAUCGAAAUCCUGCAGUCCAAGCUGAAAGCAGUCGAGUCCACGAGUAAGGUGCAGAGGGAGCAGUUAAACGCACUCACCCAAUGGCAGAAGGUAUAUCAAGAUCAGAGCCAGGCAUACACGGUACUGAAUGAACAAGCUGCUGCCAUGACCGGGAUAUUCCGCAAUAUCUGAACAAUCAGUCCUUCUUCAAAUCAUUCAUUAUGCCUUUCUCCCUUCUUCUCGUCUACCGUUCGUACAGAAUCUACAUACUAUUUCCUACUCUGAUGUUCUCUACAGUUCGUUGUAUAAAGGGCUAACAUGUAUUCGUGUUGACUCUGUGGACGCUGUGGCCCUGUGAAACUUUCGUGGAGACAAAUCUAGAUCUCUGCUGGCUGAAAUCCGAUACUUAUAGCAUCAAUCCAUGUCCAGUGGCCGGCCUGUCUCGUAUUGUAGUAUGCUUUCGUUAUUCAUAAAAUACAUGUCAUUUUCAUCAUAACCCUAUCGUGGAUCUAACCGUUCAAUGGAUCUAUUCAUCUACCGAAUAUAGCCUGUUCAACUCUCUCAAACUAGUGAACAUCAUCUUAUCUACCAUUUAUCCUUCUCCCUUUGUCAUACCUUCAUUGCAUAUUCUUCACCUCUUA